GGGAAUUAGGUCAAGGGGGGGAAGAGGGGAUAGGGGAGGAUGUGGGGGACACGCAGGGGGGAAAUUGGGGUGGGGGGAGAGCAGGGUGAUGGGAGAGGGGACAUUGUGGGGAAAUGGGAUGUGGGAACUGGGGGAAGGAGGGAUAUGGGGAGGAGAAAAGGAUAUGGGGUGUGGGAAGGGGCAUGGGGGAGAGGGGGCAUGUGGGGACAUGGGGAGAAGAGGAGGUAGGUGGAGAGGGGGGGGGACGUGGGGCUAGGUGGGGAGGAGAGGGGACAGAGGGGACAUGGAGGGUCAGGGCACGGGGACGCGGGACUGGAAGAGGGGCCUGGGGACAUGCUGCACCCAUUGAGGGAAUAUAGGGGUGCUGUCACACCAGGAAGUGCCCAACGGGAUUAAACUCACCCCAAAGGCAGGCAGGAGAAGGGACCUGUGCCCUACAGCACAGCCCUGCAGCUCUCGUUGGGGUUUUGUACCAGUUUUCAGCCGUGGCGUGAGGGGCUGGGCGGGCAGGGGGUGACAGGGACAGCGUAGUGACCAGGUCCUAAGGCAGGGGGUGACAGCAGCGAGCGGGGCAGCGCUCACACAGCAUCGCUUUCCCUUCCUCUCCUCCUGCUCCUUGGCUCUGAAUUCCCUGCUGGGCCUAAGACCCAGCCAUGGUGUUCUUAUUAAUGCAAACGAGAUGGUAAAUGGGAGCUUUUCCUGCCGUGCCUAGGAGAAGGAAAUGAGCCGACAUGUCUGAGGGCAGCAAGGGGAGCUCGCUGGCCUUCGGCCAGGUGGUGAUCGGGCCGCCGGGCUCCGGGAAGACGACCUACUGCCACGGCAUGCAGGAGUUCAUGGGCAGGAUCGGGCGCAAGGUGGCCGUGGUGAACCUGGACCCCGCCAACGAGGGGAUGCCCUACCCGUGCGCCGUGGACGUCUCCGAGCUCAUCACCCUGCCCGACGUGAUGGAGAGCUUGAAGCUGGGCCCCAACGGGGGGCUGAUCUACUGCAUGGAGUACCUGGAGGCCAACCUCGACUGGCUGCAGGAGAAGCUGGCCGCUUUCAGGGGUCACUACUACUUGUUUGACUGCCCGGGGCAGGUAGAGCUCUACACCCACCACAGCGCCCUGAAGAACGUCUUUGCCCAGAUGGCCAAGUGGAAUUUCAGGCUGGCUGCAGUGCAUUUGGUGGAUUCUCACUACUGCACAGACCCCGGCAAGUUCAUCUCCGUGCUCUGCACGUCGCUCUCCACCAUGCUGCACGUGGAACUGCCCCACGUGAACGUCCUCUCCAAGAUGGACCUGAUCGAGCAGUACGGCAAGCUGGCUUUCAACCUGGAUUAUUACACAGAGGUCCUGGACCUCUCUUACUUGGUUGACCAUUUAGCUUCUGACCCCUUCUUCAGAAAUUACCGCCGCCUCAACGCGAAGCUGGUGGAGGUGAUCGAGGACUACAGCCUGGUGUCCUUCGUUCCGCUCAACGUCCAGGAUAAGGAGAGUAUGCGGCAGGUGAUGCAGGCCGUGGACAAAGCCAACGGCUACUCCUUUGGAGACCAGGAACACAGGAGCCUGGAAGCCCUGAUGUCGGCAGCAGUUGGAGCAGAUUUCCACUUUACUUCCACACUUGCAGUGCAGGAGAAGUAUGUGCAAUCUCGGGACAAGACCGUGGAAGAAGAAGUGAUGGAUAUGUAACACACCCGCCUCUGCCGCAGCUGCUCUCUGCUUUGACAGCUCUCCUUCCCUUGCCGGGAGUCGAAGGGAGGCUCCGUGUCGUCUGACUCAGACCAAGUGAAAGCCUUUCCAUGCAGAAGUCUGGCUUCCGGACUCCCUUGCUGUGGGGAUUUGACCUCUUGUGUUUCAGCCCCACUGCGCAGAGCAGCGUUUUUGUGGAAGGGCUGUGGCUGAGAGCAAGGCAAGCAAGGGAGGUUUAGCCAGGGGAAGGCAUGGUUAGCAAGAGAAGAGAAGCCGGGUGAAGGAGACUGACCUUUGCCAAGUCUUCUCCUCCCCAUCACGACCAAGAUGGAGUCAGAGAAAGAAAAAUCAGUUUGCGUUGUCUCUUUUAUAGUGAGACUUGGCAUAAGUUCUUGGUUUACUGCCUAGGAGGAUUGUACACAGUCCUCAUAGGAAUAUCCAGGCUGAGAAGCCUCCCAUCUGUCUCAAGGAGGACAGAAAGAUGGUUGUUUUUCUUUUUUUUAAAUAAUGAUGGACUCUUUCUUAAUAAAACACUUCUUCGUCUCGC